UGGCGGUUAACGCCUAAAACCCUUUUUAUAGGGUUUCAGACUGAGAAAAGCUCCCAACAAUGGAGGAGCCCCAAAUUGAAAAAGAAAAACCCUCGGAAACCCUAAUCUCUUUCCCUCCUCACCGUCGACGAAGCCUCAAGAGCGAAACGCACCGUACUCUGCUUCGAAUUCUAUCCCACUGCUACGACGUGUCGCAGCACUCAGACCAAAAUGUACCUCCGGAGCUCAAUCAAGAUAAUGGGAGUAAUGAAUUGGGGGAAGCAACUGCAAAAGAAGGAGGUGGGAAUGUUGAAUUGGUUGAGCCUGAUAGUAGGAAGUGCGAUGAUUCGGCAGCUCAACAGGAACCGGUGGCUGAUGAGAGGUGUGAUGGUAAGGGUUUACGAGAGAGAAUUGAGCAGAUAGAGGAUUUCUUCAGUGAGGAAGGAAAUGAGGAGUUGUUGGGACAGAUGGACUUCGAAGAUACGUUUGGGAUUAAUUUUGGAGAUUUGGAGUUUGGUCCUGAGGAAAUGCUGAUGGAUGAACUGGAGCAAAUUGUGAAAGGAAAUGAUGACAAUGCUCCUAAAUCAUUGGUUGAAAAUGAGGGUGCGAAUGAUAAGGUUGAGUUGCUGAGUAACCAAGAACAACGUGAUGACUCUCAACAUAAUGCUACAGUCGGACCGGAAAAUGCAGAUCAAGCGGUGAUUGGUGAAAUUCAGAAUGAAGGAGAGUGUAGUGAAUGCACACAGUCCUUGUUGAAGACUAGCGCGUUGGAUUUAGAGCCGAUAAUCCAACAGAAAGCAAUGGAGACUUCUGUGUCUUCUGGUAGUGCAGAGGAAUCUCUUAUUCCCAUUACUGAAGUUGCACAGUUUGAGGUGCCAGAACACUUCAUUCAAAAGGUGCCUGAAGCCUUUUUUGUUUUCCCUUUGGACACAGAUAUGGUUGGCGAUGCUUCAAAGCCUAGUCAGAGCAAAAGCUGGUCACAGAAAGCUGAUGAUUUGGAAGGAGAGCAUGAAAUUCAGCCAAACGAAACCAAAAUGGAAAUGGUUUGCACCGGAAAUGCUGUGAAUUGUCCCAACCAUAUGAAUGAUGGAGAUAUGGAAGAGGGAGAAAUCUCUGAUGAUGAUGAUGGGAUGGAUGAUAGAUCAACCAAUAUGCUUUUGCAUGAUACAGCAAGGUGUGAGGAAAAUAAGGUUAAUGAAUUUCAAAUAGUCAAUGUCAGCAGUCAAAAAGAGCACUCUGGCAAGGAAGCAAUUGGUAGAGAAUUUGACCCCAAUUCCUUUCUGAUGAGUAUUGCUGACAAUGUCCAAAAUCCUAGAGGAGUGGAACUCAGAGAAAGUAAAACUAAGCUGAUUGGUAGACCUGGAGUUGUCCAGGGGAAAACUAUGGAAGCUAUAAAGGAAAAUGGAUAUGAUCCUUUGCUAGAAAGUCGAAGAAUCAAAGAGAAAGAUAGCGGAAUUGGGAGGGGUAUUGGCUUUCAAGAAGCUUGUACUAAUAAUCAAGCAUCGCAUGAAAAAAUCUCACAGAACUAUGAAGCUGGAAGCUGUGGAACCACAUCUGAAGAUAAGGUGGAUGCUGGUGCCGCAAAUAAAAGAAAGCGUGGUCAUCCUUCAAAGGAAAAGAAACAAAGAAAGAAGGCAAAAGAACGAUUGAAGCGAGCAGAGAUGAACAGAAAACUAGGUGUUAAAAGGCUGAAACUGCAUUCCAUAGAAAAACCAAAGACUGUAGUAUAUUGCCGCCAUUAUAUUGCUGGAAGGUGCCAUGAGGGUGACAAGUGCAAAUUUUCACAUGAUACAGUGCCUUUAACAAAAUCCAAGCCCUGUUGUUAUUUUUCACGCCAGUCAUGCAUGAAAGGGGAUGACUGCCCAUUUGAUCAUCAGCUUUCUAAGUAUCCCUGUGACAAUUUUGUCAAUAAUGGCUCCUGCAUCAGAGGUGAUCGGUGUCUGUUUUCACACAAGAUUCUAUCCAAGGAAGAAGGUGCAACUGCUGCUAGCAAACCUGAAUUGGUGUCUCCCACCGUGCGGGGUAAUUCCAGGUCUGCACAAGUAAAGAUUGGUAGUCCCUCCCAGAAGAAUUCCCAUGCAUUGCCCCACUCCACAGGGACUCAUUCUCACAAUAAUACUGAACUGAUUAUGGCAAGGACUCUAUUGGAACAACCUACAAUGGCUACUAAAGGAUUUAGCUUCCUUUCUACAGGGAAAUCAUCAUUGGUUCAUUCUAGUAUGUCCAAGCAAGGAGUCUUGGCCCCAGAUAGGAAUACUGGUGCCAAAGCUGGGAACCCGAUGCAACAAAGUCCAUCAAGUUCUGUUCCAAAUACCAAAGAGAAUAUAAUGACAACUCCACCGGUAGUCACUCCCAAAGGGAUAAACUUUUUAUCAUUUGGAAAAGCGUCACCAGAUGGUUCCAGUGGCAAAAACCAAGACCAUCACCAUUCAAACCGAAGUGUGUCAGAGACUGUUCAAAACUUUAAUGGGGUGCCAAAGGUUAUUCAACCUGCACAACCAAGGGCAGCAGACUUCCUAUCUGUUGGGAAAGCUCCCGUAGCUAAUUCUAGUAGUGGAAACCCCUUUAGCUUAACUUCAAGUUCAGAUAAUGGUAACAGUAGGCAUUUUGGUGAGGGUAAAAGUGCAUUUGAUAAACCCCAAAACUCAAGUGCAAUCUCAUCAAGGCUGCAACCUUCUCCACUUACUUCAGGUCAAUCUUCAGAUUAUACAGCAUCCAGGUUUAAAGACGUGGUGCAUCAGAGGUCACUUUUUUCGACAAUUGCAUUUGCAGCAAAGUAUGAAUCAAAAAAGACGAAUCAGUCAAUUGGUUCUACUUUUACACAGGUUGAUAGGGAGACCAAGCAGAAUGACUUGGGAAAAGCUUUUAAUAUUUUGGAUUUCUUGUCCACUAUUGGCAGUACAACCAAGUAGUAAAUCUGUUAGCAUGGUGUAUAAUAGAGACUUUAGCCUUGGACAUUAUUGAAUGGCAAGAUGAGCUUCUGCACCCAGAAUGAAGCUUGUUGUUUGGUCAGAUUGAUCAGAAAAAACACAGGGUCAUUUCUGGCAUCUUGCUUGCCCGAAAUCAGCACAUGUAGUAAGUCACUUCUAAUUUCAGCAGCUGUCUACUAGGUAGAGUUUGCAUCUUUCACUACUGUAAGCAAUAUACGUUUGUACAUUAUCAGGUAAAGUCUACAUUUUGUUUGUCUUUUAUAUGGAAUUUGAUGGCUGCAAUACAAUAGGUUUUGGUGACUGAGGAUCUUCAUUGUGUGAUUUCAGCUGGGAUAAAUUUUGUAACUGGUAAAGUAACGAUGCUUGAUGGACACCAAUCACAUUACUGAUUCACUGCCAUCUUAAAGUUGAGUCCGUGAUGGUCGUCAUAUAACCUUCUUUCACUGUGGAAAACUGGAAUCAACCUCCUAUCACAUUUGGAGUCAAUCUUAGGAAUUUGGAUCCUUGAACUAAUCUGCAUUUCACUAAUAAUCCAAGUAGUCCUGGAUCUGAUGAAGAUCUGCAUGUUGAAGUUGUCUCCAAUGAAGGAGUGGACCUUUUUUGCUUCAAGUUUGGGGGAAAGGGAUCAAAAGCAUUGAAUUGUAGAAGAAGUCUGCUUACUGUGGGGCAAUUUACUGACUUUGUAGACCAUAGCACCAUAUAUGAGGACUCGCCAUAAUUUUUUCUCAAUCAAAUUUGUUGAAAAGGUUACUCUUCUUUAGUCAAAUCUAAUGAUGUUAAGGCUCCUCCAUUUUCCAAAUUAUCAUAUGCUCUGUUCGCUUUUAUGACAAUUUCAAAAGAAUUGCGUGGGAGAUUGAUUUA